UCCUCUCUAUAUCUCUGUGCUCAUUAUAAAGCUCAUACACUUGUUCCUCAGCAAUAACCUGAAGAGAUCACACAGGAGGAAAGUCCUCACUGUCUCUUUCCUUCAUAUAAAGUGCAAUUACCCCUGAAGUGCCACAACUUCACUGCGCCCUCUAGUGGACAGUCUUUAUAUCUCAUCUUACUUACACCAAAAUGGCCUCCAAUCCUCAAAAUAAAUGGAAAACCUCCAACAAUCCUUCUAUUAAAAAAACAUCUGAGAACAAAGAACAAAAAACUCACCAUGUACGCCGUACUGAAAUGGAACUAUUGCAAUCUGAUAUAUUGGGAACCUCCCAUGGUUCUCAAAAAGAACAAGGUAACAGAAUUCGGAACAAAUCACCUAAAAAAAGUGUCACACCAAGUGAUGCACUACCUCAAAGAUCUACUUACGUCAAACGGAAAGAAAGAGAUCCAGUUACACCAAAUACAACUGGCAAUAAAUCAGCUACGGCGAGCCCAGAAACACACAAAGGGAGAUGGGACGACGGAAACAACCAUUCUACUCCAUCUGAUAUGGAGGAUGACUCUGACGACCCCAUUACACAAAUUCAAGCAUCUAAAACCUCACCUGCAUCAGAAGAAUUAAUGAAAGAGAUGAUGCUGUCCCUCAGAAAAUCUAUAAAAAAAGAUCUCAAUGACGCCAUCACAAAAAUCUCUGACAGAUUGGACACUUUAGAAGAAAGAGUGACUGAAAUAGAUGAGAGAAUUGAAGAAGUUGCAUUCAAUCACAACGGCCUCACUGACAAAGUCAUUUCUCUUCAAGAGGAAAUCUCUGCCAUGAAAAUCAAAAUGGCAGACAUGGAGGAUAGAGGGAGGAGAAAUAAUGUCAAAAUCAGAGGUGUACCCGAAACUGUUAAGGAUGCGGACCUGAAAAAAUAUGUCCAACACCUCAUAGCAACACUGAUUCCUACAGUGGACACCAUAGAACUGACUGUGGACAGAGCUCAAAGGUUAUAUAAACCAAAACAUCUACCGGAAGAGAUACCACGAGACGUCAUCACCAGGAUCCAUUACUUCCAUGUCAAAGAACAACUGCUCGCUGAAUGCAGGAAACUACAAAAAACCACCAGAACCAUUCCAGCACCUGUCUCUAUACACCGACCUCUCCCAAUUCCCUCAUACCCUACAAGUGGGGGUUCCCAACUAAAAUCCUACUGACCAGAAAUGGGAAAACCUAUUCUAUUGCCUCAGUGGAGAAAGGCAAAGAGCUCCUUCAGAAAUGAGACAUUCAAAUUGACAAUGCUCCAAAGGAUGAUCAGCGAAGAUUCUCAAAGCUCAAUACGGAUUGGUCCCGAGUACCCGGGAGCAACCCAACAUGAGGAACUAUAUAAUUGUUAAAGAACUUACCCUUUUUCCUGCAACUUCCCCAGUUGCGCAGAUAUUGAAUCUGCACUUUCCCGACAACACUACUCCUAAUUGUUGGUUAUAUUAAUUGAAAAUGUUAUGUUUGUUUUGUUGUUUACACAGAUUUCUUUGUGUUUCAGUAUGAGACGAUAUUCCUCCCUCCGAAUUACCGGGUGCAGAAGCUUCCUCCUCCCCAUGAAUAAGACCCUCCAAAGGGUUCAGAAGACUCAUCUACAGCUAUCUUAUUUGUGUUUAUUGUCGACUACUCUACAGAACAGCUAUACAG